AUGGUGAAAAAAGGCUAUAAUUGGAAAGCACGUCAAGUGGUUGAGACAAAAAUUGAUAAUACUGCUACUCGAAAGAUACAAGUUGAGUUAGAAAAAAGCGAGUAUAACAAUUAUGACCAAAGUAAUGAAUUAGUGAUACCUUCCAAGAAACGUGAAACGAAAUUAAAAAAUAAAAAUGAACAUACGAAGAAACUUUUAUCCAAAACACAAAGAAAACGAUUGGAGAAAAUUGUUGACAAGAAGAAAAAGAAAGAAAAUAGAAGCGCCCUGUUAGAAGCUUUGGCUAGCGUUCAAGUACCUGAAAGUGAGCUAGCUCAAUUGACCCCAAUUGCCCUUGUUCAAACAAAAGGCUUGAAGAAUUUUAAAAAAAACAUUGAAUCAAAACCAGCGAAAAUACAAGUCUCCGAUGAGAAAAAUGUUAAAUUCUCAAGUGUAGCAGGUAGUAGAAAAAGGAAGUAUUUGUUGAAUAACGUAGCUGAUAAACAACAGAAAUUAGAGUUCAGUCAUAAUGAUAUUGUUAACUCUGAUAAUGAUGAUGAAAGCUCCGAAAGUGAAAUAAGUGAUCCAGAAAAUGAUGAUAUUACUACAAAAAGUGAUGAAAAUGCAACACCUGAUGACAAUGAAAUUGAAUCCGUUGAUGAGAUGAUUAAUGAAAAUCCUCAAAAGAAAAAUGAGGUUGAUAAAAAUAGCUUGAAUGAAGAAAUGGAAAUGAAUGUGGAAUUAAACAAAGAUUUAAACAAAGGCAAAACAAAGCCAGUGAAAGUGGCUCAAGCUGUUGAAAAACGGCCUGCAAUUUUUGUGGAAGUUAAUAGAGACCCCGAAAUACAAGCAGUUAGAUUAAAAUUACCCAUUUUAGGCGAAGAGCAAGUGGUUAUGGAAUGUAUAAAUGAAAACAAUAUUGUCAUAUUAGCUGGAGAAACAGGUAGUGGCAAAACAACGCAAGUACCCCAAUUUUUAUAUGAAGCAGGAUACGCAAGAGACAAAGUAAUUGGAAUCACCGAACCACGCAGAGUAGCUGCCAUUUCAAUGUCAGAACGUGUUGCUACUGAAAUGAACUUAUCAAAUAAAAUCGUAUCUUAUUUAAUACGUUUCGAGGGUAAUACUACACCUGAAACAAAAAUAAAAUUCAUGACUGAUGGUGUACUUCUUAAAGAGAUUCAAACAGAUUUUGCAUUAAAAAAGUAUUCAGUUAUUAUUUUAGAUGAAGCGCAUGAAAGGAGUGUAUAUACUGAUAUAUUAAUUGGACUGUUAUCUAGAAUUGUUCCCUAUAGAAAUAAACAUAAUGAUCCAUUGAAAUUAAUUAUUAUGUCUGCUACUUUAAGAAUUGAGGAUUUCACUGAGAAUACACGUUUAUUCAAAAUUCCACCACCCGUGAUAAAUAUUGAGACAAGACAGUAUCCAGUGUCUAUUCAUUUUAAUAAAAAAACACCUGAUGACUAUUUAUUAGAAGCAUUUAGAAAAACUGUUAAAAUUCAUACAACCUUGCCAGAAGGAGGUAUUUUAAUUUUUUUAACUGGACAGUUAGAAGUGAAUUCAUUGAUGAGAAAAUUGAGAAAAGCUUUUCCUUAUAAGAAUAUUAAAAAUUCCACUAUCAAAAACGAUGAAGAAAAACCUGACUUGGAUUCAGAUGGUGAAGUUGUGGAAUGGAGUAUGAAGAAAGCCAUACGCAAUGCCAAGAAAAGGCAUAAGAAAUUAAGAACUGAGUUACCAGAAGUUAAUUUAGAUGACUAUGAUGUUCUAAGUGACGAUGCAGAUGCAGAUUUGAAAGAACUUGAUGACAAAAAUGAUUUGUCUGAUGAUGAAGAAUAUAUGAGCUUGGUAAAUUUGUCAAACACACAGCCCUUAUGGGUGCUACCAAUGUAUUCACUAUUACCUUCUCAUAAACAAGCUAAAGUCUUCAAGCCUCCGCCUGAAGGUACCAGGUUAUGUGUAGUAUCAACUAAUGUAGCAGAAACAUCUUUAACAAUACCUAAUAUAAAAUAUGUUGUUGAUGCCGGACGACAAAAAACUAGAAUUUAUGACAAAAUCACUGGUGUAAGUGCCUUUGUUAUCACAUACUGCAGCAAAGCUGCUGCAAAUCAAAGAGCAGGUCGUGCUGGUCGUACUGGUCCUGGACAUUGUUACCGACUUUAUUCCAGUGCAGUCUUCAAUGACCAAUUCAAAAAUUUUGCUGUUCCUGAUAUUCAACGUAAACCUGUAGAUGAUUUGAUGUUGCAAAUGAAAAGCAUGGGAAUAGAUAAAGUUGUUAACUUUCCAUUUCCAUCUGCACCUGAUCUUCUUCAAUUGAGAUAUGCAGAGACUAGGUUGACACUUUUAGGUGCUUUGCAAUCCAAAACGAAAAAUAGUUUGGAAAGUGAUUAUACUGCAAAAAUUAGUGCUCUAGGAAAAGCCAUAUCAGCAUUCCCAGUAGCGCCGAGGUUUGGUAAAAUGUUAGCAUUGAGUCAUCAACAUGAUUUGUUACCAUACACCAUUUGCAUGGUAGCAGGAUUAUCUGUUCAAGAAGUCUUGCUAGAAGUAACAUUGGACAAUGAAGGACAGCAAAAAUCGAAAUGGGCUACAACAAGACGUUCUUGGGCUGGUACUGGAAAUUCUUUAUACAUGGGAGAUCCCAUGGUGCUUCUUCGUGCCAUAGGAGCUGCUGAGUACGCAGGAAGUGUUAAUAAACUGGAAGAAUUCUGCACGCAAAAUGGUUUAAGACCGAAAGCAAUUACGGAAAUUCGCAAGUUAAGAAUACAAUUAACCAAUGAUAUAAAUUUAAACAUGCCAGAAUUAAAUUUAUUUGUCGAUCCCAAAAUGAAUCCACCAUCAGAUUUUCAAGCUAAACUUUUAAGACAAAUUUUAUUGAGUGGUCUAGGAGAUCAUGUAGCUCGUAAGAUCAAUGAAAAUGAAUUAAAGGAAAAUGAAGACAAAAGGAAAUUCAAAUAUGCUUAUAAAUGUUGUGAAAUGGAAGAUCCUGUUUUUAUACAUUCUUGUUCAGUGCUCAAAAAGAAAGUACCAGAAUGGGUGGUGUACCAAGAUAUAUAUGAAACCAGAGUUGGAGAUAGUACUAAAAUAUUUAUUCGUGGUAUUACAGCUAUUGAACCAGAAUGGCUAACUAAAUACGUACCUUUAUUAUGUAAUUUCAGUGAACCAUUGAACGAUCCCGAACCUAGGUAUUGUUCUAACAAAGGCAGAAUAUAUUGUCAUGUUAAUGCAACUUUUGGAAAAUCUGGUUGGACUUUACCAGUGUCUGAAAUAGAAUAUCCAGAUAAUUUGGAUAGUUAUAAGUGGUUUGCAUACUUUUUAUUAGAUGGUGUAGUUUUUGAGAAGUUAUCGAAAUACAAAAACAGUUUGUUAUCAAAACCUAAUACAAUGACUAAAAAUUGGGCAAGAUUGCUUCCAAGGACUGAUGCUUUAUUGAAAACACUUGCUGCUAAAUUAGUAAAUACGAGAGAUAAAUUAUUAGAAGCUUGGAAGACUGAUUCUAAAUAUCUGUUAUCCGCUUAUCAAAUGUGGAUUCCACAAUCAGCACAUAGUGAAGUUGCUCUUAUUUGGCCGCCCAUAAGUGAUUAGAAUUAGAAUGAAUUAAAAUUGAAUGAACUGAAU